AUGUUCCUGAGGAGUUUGGGAUUAUUUUGUAGGUUUAAUAAAUUUCACCAUGUGUCAAAAUUUACCGGAAGAUUCCUCAAUACACAUCGCAUAAACCAGGCUAAUACUACUACUAAUAAUAAUAUUAGUAGUGUGAGAAGAGAUUUGGUGGAGAGUGAUGGGAUAUUGAGGGGAGUCCAUUUUAGUGAGCAGAAUAGGGGAAAAUUUGUGCCACAUCCUUUUAAUCGCAGAUUCGCAUUCUCAAAACGGCCUCUUUUCCCAAUCGAACCCAGGAAUCUCAGAAUAUACGGAUUACUGAGACGUAAGAGGAGAGGAGUGGGUAAAAAGUGUAAUAGCCGAGGAAUCAGGCAUAAACAUAAAAAGAAACGUGGCAGUAAACCGAACAGUAGAACCUUUGAAGGCGGUCAAACUCCUCUCUACAAACGCCUUCCCAAAUUCCCCGAAUCCAUUCUACAACCAUUUGAUCCUAAGUAUGACGUGUUGAAUUUGUGUAAGUUGAGGUAUUUUAUUGAGCGUGGCCGGUUGGACGUGCGGUUUCCUAUCACUCAGCGACACUUACACGACUCCAAAUGCGUCAAAGUUAAACACGGCGUUCAUCUUUUCAACGUGAAUGGAUAUCCGUUUCCGUAUAAGAUUGACAUUAGUGUGGCGAGUUGUGAUCAGUCAAGUGUUGAUGUUAUCAAAGCCGUUGGUGGCACUGUCACCAUCAUUCAUCACGAUAAAGUCUCUCUCAGAGCACACAUUAAACCACACAAAUUCGAAAUCCUACCACGAACCAGUAGGCCUGAUAUACGUCGUGUGUAUGAAUUGGAGAAGUUUAGGUUAAUGGGAUGUAAUGUUGUGUAUAUUAAACCACUCUGGCUCAUACAAGAAGAACAAAAAAUCAUACAACAACUCCAAGAACUACAACAAUUUGGCACUGAAGAUUACGACGAAAUAAUUACCAAAUACCGCCAAAAACUCAUUCAACAACAUCUUAACACGUAAAUAACACGUAAACACGUAA